GAUCUUUGUUAAAACAUCCCGAAAAAUUUCAGGUGCCUAUUCACAUGCUGUUUUCACACAAAACCUUUGUGGUUACAGUAGGUUAUUUAAAGAAUUACAGUGGGUAUUCACUAUCCUCAAGAACAUAUUCAAGUAUAAUACACAAGGUUUUCGGAAGCGUCACUUAUCAAUUGUUUAGUAAUCGUUUAGUGACUUUGUGAGUAUGAAUUAUCAAUAUGGAAGCUAUUUAGACAGAUUUCACCAUCUUUAUCCAAAUGAGGAAAUUAUAGAAAAUGACUUUGAGCCUAAUAAAUACGUAUUCUACUUGAUUGAACCCACAACCGAUCCUGAUCAAACAGAACUGAAGGAUCAUGCUGACCCCUAUUUACUGGAAAAAGUUGAUAUGUUUGUGAGGAAGAUAUUCAAUGGAAAACCCAAAGAUACAUCCGUUCCUAACUGUGAUACAUCUAAAACAUUUAAUGAAUUGACUGAAUUGGGGGAUCCAACUUUGAAAUACAAAUCACAAGAUAGACAGGAAACGCACUUUAAUGAAUUGGAAUGCUCAAAAUUACUGGAUAAUGGGGUAUCGGUAUCCAACUUAUGCUACAACUCUUGCGAUAACCCUGAUUGUUACUGUGCACCUUACUGCAUGAUGCUAGAGGAUAUUCAAAGCAGAUCUCAAAAUUUUCAAGAAAAUCAAACCGAAGAUAUUAUUUAUGGAUACGAAAAUGAUAUGCAACACUCCAAGGAAACACCAAAUGAAUUUUUUGUUGGAUUCAAAGAAAAUAAUGAAGAUGAAAUUUACCCAAACAUUGAUGAUAAUGACGAUGAUUGUGAUGGUUUGAUGAUUGAUGAAUGAAAUUCAAUUUGAUGCAAUCCAAUGUGAAUGUGUGAAUAUAUGUCUUUAUCUUCUUCUGAAUUAUUUUGAAUGCUCCAAAUCACAUUGUUACUCUUCUAUCACUACUCACUCAUUUCGUAUUUCCCCAACCAAUCAAAUGGUUUACGUAUAUCAACUUUAUUAUGUAUAUUUUCUUAUAUUAACUGAACCUGAAUAUAUAGGGAAGUUUUUGUGAAAA